AUGUCAUCUACACAACAACAAAUUAUUCUCGAUAUUUCAUCGAAUAAAGAUAUCUAUGAAACAUUGGAAAAAAAAAUUUCUGAAUUAAAUAAUAAUUAUCUUCAAGAUCAAUUUACAUUACAAUAUAUAGAUGAAGAUAAUGAUCGUAUUACAUUUUCAUCUAAUGAUGAAUUACAAUCAGCUUUAAAAAAUUAUUCUAUCAAUGGUCUUAUCAAAAUUUUUAUCAAACCAAAAUCUAAAAUAAAUGAACAGUUAAAUCAAAAUACAACAAUUCAUAUUGGUAUUAUUUGUGAUGGAUGUCAAGGUCCUGUUAUUGGUAAUCGUUACAAAUGUAUGGAAUGUAUAGAUUAUGAUCUUUGUCAAACAUGUUCGAAUAAAAAUCUUCAUUCUGAAUAUAAUAUGUUGAAAUUAACACGAGUUUUUCAACAUCAUCGAUGGAAAGAAUUAUUUGAAUUAAUUGAAAGUUAUAUACCAGAAUAUUUACGUACAGAAAAAUUAAAUGAAAUAUUAAAUCAAUUUAAAACUAGUGAACAAGCUGAUAAAUCUAUUAAUGAAACAAUUCUACUUGAAAAUAUUGGUGAAAUUCUUUCAUCAUUUGGUAUUAAUUGUGAUUAUUCUGUUAAUAAACAAACUGAUGAAGAAUUAAAAUCUCAAAAGAAAAAUGAAGAAUCAAGAACAACAAUUAAUACUAGUACAGAAUCUAAACCAACUGUUCCAUUUUUAAAUAAUUUAUUUCAACAAUUUCAAACAAUAUUUGCUCCAAUAUUUCAACAUUUGACAACAACAAAAACUGUUUCGCCAGAAGAAGAUCAACAAGCUCAAGAUCAAAAAAAGAUUGAUGAAUGUAUUGAACGUAUGACAUCAAUAGGUUUUGUCGAUUCAAAUGGUGUACUUACUGAAUUGAUUAAAUCAAAAAAAGGUGAUCCCGAGCAAGUACUCGAUGUUAUUAAUCAACAAAAUUAUAAAAAUGAAGCAUUUUUAUAA